AUGUGCAAUUGGGGACUGGCAGUGCUGCUGCCAGAUGCUGCUGCAUGCUGCCAGGAGUUCGUGGUGUCGGCAGGGCAGCGACUGGCCUUGCUCGGCCCCAACGGCUGCGGGAAGACUACGCUUUUGCGCUCGUUGGCCGGGAGGCUUGAGGUGGAGGCUGGCUCUCGCAUCCUCGGGGUAGGGGGUUUGCGCCGCGCCCGCGUGGCUUUCUUCACGCAGGAUUUGGCCCAGGACCUCCCCGGCGACAUCACGCCAGUGGAGCAUGUCCUGGGAGACGACGCUCGGCGCACUAGGUCUGAGAGGAGCUUGUCACAAUGCACCCAUCAAGACCCUGAGUGGCGGCGAGAAGGCGCGGGUCGCCCUUGCCGUCUUUGCCACGCGGCCUGCAGAUGUGCUCUUGCUGGACGAGCCCACCAACCACUUGGAUGGCGCAGCCGUCGCCUCACUGUGUGCCGGGCUUCGCGAACAUGGCGGUGCC